CCCUCCCUCCCGGCCCCCCCUCCUCCCUCUCGCCCCCACCUCCUCCCUCCUUCCUUCCUUCCCUUCCUCCCUUCCUCCCUCCCUCCUAGUUCCUCCACCAGGAAACAACCGGAUCCGGAUCCCGGCUGCGGCCUGACCCGGCUACACUCUGGCCGGGAGGAUGAAAGGCCUCAGCAGGGAGCUCCCUGCCACCAGCACUGGGUCCUAAGAGCUGCCAUCCAGGCUGGCCGCCCGGAUGGCGACCCCAGCCUCAGCCCCAGACACACGGGCUCUAGUGGCUGACUUUGUAGGCUAUAAGCUGAGGCAGAAGGGUUAUGUCUGUGGAGCUGGCCCUGGGGAGGGCCCAGCAGCUGACCCGCUGCACCAAGCCAUGCGGGCUGCUGGAGACGAAUUUGAGACACGCUUCCGGCGCACCUUCUCCGACCUGGCUGCCCAGCUACACGUGACCCCAGGCUCGGCCCAGCAACGCUUCACCCAGGUUUCCGACGAACUUUUCCAAGGGGGCCCCAAUUGGGGCCGUCUCGUGGCAUUCUUUGUCUUUGGGGCUGCCCUGUGUGCUGAAAGUGUCAACAAAGAAAUGGAGCCACUGGUGGGACAAGUGCAGGAUUGGAUGGUGGCCUACCUGGAGACGCGCCUGGCCGACUGGAUCCACAGCAGUGGGGGCUGGGCGGAGUUCACAGCUCUAUACGGGGACGGGGCCCUGGAGGAGGCACGGCGUCUGCGGGAGGGGAACUGGGCAUCAGUGAGGACAGUGCUGACGGGGGCUGUGGCACUGGGGGCCCUGGUAACUGUAGGGGCCUUUUUUGCCAGCAAGUGAGAAAGUCUAGGGCCAGGUGGGGCUAGGUGUGGCUAGGGGGCCAGGAGAGCUGGAACAGAACAGAGAAUGAUGCCCUUGGAAGAAAUUGGAUGGUCAUGGAACAGAAGGACAGGGGAAGGUAGUGUGUGAGGGAGCCAAGCGUGCCAGGCAGGUGGCAAGAAGAAACAUUGAGGAAUGUUUCAAGGCCAGGAGCUCAGAUGGAGUCAUCGCAGGACUUGGGGAGAGGUAGGAGGCUCCAAGGAAGGUGAACUUAUUUCAAGAAUUGUGUCGUCCCCCCCUCCCCGAUGAAUGGGGUCUAAGGAACCUAGGAUUCACCUCCCUUUGGAAUGGAAGCUUGGUGAUUAGGUGACUGGAUGAAUGGCUAUGGCUGUGGGCUGCAUGGGCACACGUGUGCAUGUUGCACAUGCACGCACGCUCAUGUGCAUGCUGGGCUGUUUGUCAAAUCUGGUGAUGGGAUAUUUCGAGAAAGCAUUCCUUCUUGCAGUGACAAGAACAAGGGCCAGCUCGCUGGUCUCCUCCCCACUGUCCCUGCCCUUGACCUUAUGCCUCCAGGCCGAGGGAGGACUACUGUAUCUAGAUGAGGACGCUGGCACUGCCCAAGUUGUUGGCAGGCUGUGGAGAGAGAGGUCUGCAGCCUUGAUCCUCCUCGGCCCCCUGCUGUGUGCACCUUUUGCACUUGGGCUGACAGAGGGCAAGGCUGUGGAGCCUGCGUGGGUAGAAGCUUUGGUAGUUGGACCUGCCUGCCACCUUCCCCUCCAACGGGGGCACAAUGGUGCCUAAAGUGUUGCCUAUUUCUGGAACCUCUCUAUCCAGCAGAAACUCUAAAUUGGGGCUCUAAUUUUCCUUUAGAGGAUGUGGACAUAAAUGCCGACCUAGAAUUGUUUGGGUCCCGAGCGGUCUCGGCGAGACGCGAUGCCUUGAGAGGACCAUUCCAGCUCUGAGCCCCUCGGGUGUGAUGGUGACAGAUACCCCUUGACUGGCUUGUUCUGUGUGACAGGUUCUGCUGCUGCUCUAUCAGAGACCAGGUGUAUGGGUUCUAGGGUACCUACCGUGACCUAAACAGGUGGAGGUUUCCUUUGAAGCCAUGCCCUUUGCAUAGGUGUUGUCAACACGGAGUCUCUGAGGACGCUAGCAUUAGAACUCGCAGUCCAGUCCUCUAGAACAAAUCCGGACUAUAGCUUUUUCCGUUGAGGGAGAAAUGCAUGCCCUGAGCCAGACCUCACUGCUGCACUUUCCGAGGUGCGAGCGUCGCUGCUCUUCACUGCUGACUCGUUCACAGUGCUCUAAACCCCAGCUGCGAUGCUGAGCGCUGCUCGCCUGAGCUAGACCACAGCUGACUCGACUACUUCUCACUUGGUCCGAGAAUGUGGCAUCAUACUGUGCUUGCUAGAAUGUGGGACCAAAUUGGCCUCAGGUGUUUUGUCCAGACUCCUCUUUGGAGAGGGUUGCACUUUUUCAUAGUGUCUGUGGGGGGUGUGGUAGGCUGCAUGUGCCAGUUGGCGUGCUGAUCCGAGAAAACUCAGAGCUAUCUGUAGCAAGCAAUUGGGGUGCAAGGCUCCGACUUGCUCAGGACAAACCAGGCCAGUGGUUUUCAAACUGCUUGGCAGGGCCCCGAAGUGUUCUAGGGGUUGUCUCCUCAGGAGUCCUUAAGGAGGUGGGGGGUGGAGGGCUGCACAGACUGGGCGAUUUGCCCUCAGACAGAACAGCUCCCCUUGUAGCUGUCUUAUGUAUGUAUCGGGGUUCAGGGUAAGAUUUUAUUUGUGGUAAGGGCUUUGCUGCUGAAAAAAAGUUGGAAAACCACUGACUAGACCAUCCGCUCCACGGGGAGCCUGUGCUCCUUCAAGUUCAGGGAAGGUGCUUUGCUCUGCCCUUCCCGCAGGACACCUACCCAAGUUAGCAUUCCUGGAGGCCUUUAGCGCACAGACACCGGGAACCAUGGCUGGGUUACCAGCAUGCUCUGCUCACAAGCCUUCACGAGGGUGGAGGACAGAGGCUCUUAGGAGACAGUAAAGUGCUUGGUCUGGAUUCCCAGAAGCUUAGCUCAGAUGGGACCAAGUGGGGGAGGUGCGACCUGUCCUGCGCUUCCCUUAAGGGCCAGCAGAAACCCAGAGACUUCCGUCAGGGAAACCAGGGACUGUCUGGAGAGCCAUAUCGUUCCUUUGGAAUAGCUCUUGGCCAAGAGGGCUGAGUAUGGCUCCCGAUUUUUAAAUCCAUUUCAUUUUUUUAAACUGAGGGAAAUGGAUAUAAUUUUUCAAAGACUAAAUAGGUGGAGAGGAUGUUCCUGCUCUCCAAGCCCGAAGGGACAAAUAGGGACUUAGCUUAUCAGCCAAGGAAAGAGCAGAAGUGGGGCAACUCAGCCCUGAGGUUAUUAACCCCACUCCCCAUUCACACUAGGACACACAUAUUCUAUUUUACUUUUUUUAAAUCAUAAACGGCAGGAGAACAGAUUUGGUUAGUUUAGAAGAAGAGAAAAAGCUCUAUAAAUAUAAAUAUAUAUUCCUGUAUUUUUAUUUAAUAAUUUAUAAAUGCCAAGUUCAUUUGACUUUUAUUUUUGUGUAAUAUGUAAUGGUCGUAUUAAAAAUAAAUAAAGCCCAGAAAUUUAACGAGAAGUA